ACAACAGGGUGGAGGAAGUAAAGUCCAUCGAAAGUACUCCAUCUUCUUUCAGCCAAGCUGUAGCUAGAGCCUAGAGCCCAUAGCCCCUCUAUAUAAGAACCCCAAGGUCUCCAAGGCUCUUUCGUUCCCUCCCAUAGAGGAAGAGGAAGAGAAACACAGCAAGAGCCAGCCAAAUUAGCUAAUUACAAGCUUGUGUUGCUGAGUCGAGACACGCAUAUAUCGCAAUGGGAAGCAACGAGGGAGGAGCGUGCGACGGGAAGGCCGGCUCCGUGGUGGUGCCGGAGAUCAAGUUCACCAAGCUCUUCAUCAACGGCGAGUUCGUCGACGCCGCCUCGGGCAAGACUUUCGAGACGAGGGACCCACGGACAGGCGACGUGCUGGCCCACGUCGCAGAGGCGGAUAAAGCCGACGUGGACAUCGCCGUCCACGCCGCCAGGGAGGCCUUCGAGCAUGGCAAGUGGCCCCGCAUGUCAGGCUACGAGAGGGGCAGGGUGAUGAACAAGCUGGCGGACCUGAUGGAGCAGCACACGGAGGAGCUGGCGCUGCUGGACGGCGCGGACGCCGGGAAGCUGCUGCUGCUGGGCAAGAUCAUCGACAUCCCCGCCGCGGUGCAGAUGCUGCGCUACUACGCCGGCGGCGCCGACAAGAUCCACGGCGAGUCGCUGCGGGUGUCCGGAAAGUACCAGGGGUACACGCUCAAGGAGCCCAUCGGCGUCGUCGGCGUCAUCAUCCCCUGGAACUUCCCCAGCCUCAUGUUCUUCCUCAAGAUCAGCCCGGCGCUCGCCGCUGGCUGCACCGUCGUCGUCAAGCCCGCCGAGCAGACGCCCCUCUCCGCGCUCUACUAUGCCCACCUUGCCAAGCUGGCCGGCAUUCCGGACGGAGUGAUCAAUGUCGUCCCCGGCUUCGGACCGACCGCCGGCGCGGCCAUCGCCUCCCACAUGGACGUUGACAGCGUUGCCUUCACUGGCUCUGGAGAAGUCGGACGGCUCAUCAUGGAGGCGUCUGCACGGAGCAACCUGAAAACGGUUUCACUGGAACUCGGCGGCAAGUCACCUCUGAUUAUCUUCGACGACGCCGACAUCGACAUGGCGGUCGAGCUGUCAAGGCUUGCCAUAUUCUUCAACAAGGGAGAGGUUUGUGUCGCCGGGUCUCGUGUUUAUGUUCAGGAAGGGAUCUACGACGAGUUCGUCAAGAAGGCCGUCGUGGCUGCCCAGAACUGGAAAGUUGGAGACCCGUUCGAUGUCACCACCAACAUGGGACCCCAGGUUGAUAAGGAGCAAUUCGAGAGGGUGCUAAGGUACAUCGAUCUUGGCAAGAGCGAGGGAGCGACUCUGCUCACCGGCGGCAAACCCGCGGCUGACAAAGGGUACUACAUCGAGCCAACCAUAUUUGCAGAUGUCAAGGAGGAUAUGCAGAUCGCGCAAGACGAGAUCUUUGGCCCCGUGAUGUCCCUCAUGAAGUUCAAGACGAUCGAUGAGGCGAUAGAGAAGGCCAACUGCACCAAGUACGGCCUGGCCGCCGGGAUCAUCACCAAGGAUCUGAACAUCGCCAACCGGGUGUCGAGGUCGGUGCGCGCCGGGACCGUGUGGGUGAACUGCUACUUCGCCUUCGACCCCGAGGCGCCCUUCGGCGGGUAUAAGAUGAGCGGCUUCGGCCGGGACCAAGGGAUGAUGGCCAUCGACAAGUACAUGCAGGUCAAGAGCGUCAUCACCGCUGUCCCUGACUCGCCUUGGUAUUAGCUAGUCAUGACACUGAUCUGUGUGCUGUGUACAUGCUUCCUUCCUGCCUGAGUGCUCCUUGCGUAGUCCUUUGGUGGAUCUGUGCCUUGUGUGUUUGCUGGUUGUGUGCCAAGUUGUUGUGAUCGAUGGAAUAGCUAGUGAUUCCUUUCUGAUAAUAUUCUGGUUGGGUUUGCAUAUUGUAUCAUUAUGUUAAGAUGUUCUUAAAAGUAAAAAACCCUUUUGAAGGGCAUACAUCCUCCUA